GGAGUGAGUUAUUACACCGAUAGGUGGCGACCGAAUCGUUUAGUUUACAUGCAACACGUGCACGAUGUAAACAAAACGCAACUGGUACGUUUUUGAAUGGUCUAAACUGGUGUAAUUACAGAUUGAACAAUGAGUGUUGAAGUGAAAACGCCGACAAGGACACAGUUUGAGCACACGGAAUUUCAGUGUGGUGAAAAAACAAACACAGAAAUUAAUUUUGUCACAGGAAAUGAUGAUCGUUCUGUGAAAUUCGAUUUUAAGAGAGAACAAGACGGUCACACCAAGUCGCAGUAUGUUGGACAUCGUAAGAGGAAAGCCAGCUAUGCCAGUAGGAAUGACCUAGCAAUUCAGCAUGGAGGCUAUCGGAAGAAGAGGUUCCGGUCGGAGAGUAACAUAGUGCUUCCAACCAAGUUUUUACUAGGUGGGAAUAUUAAUGAUCCAUUAAACUUGAAUAGUCUGAAUGACGAGACUGUAGACAAACUCCUUAACCAGAAAACUCCCCAGUCAUCACCACUUCCAACCCCCCACCACAGGAAAGACAUACAGGUGACAAUUCCAAUCAAUAUUAAUGAUCCUCUGAACUUGAACAGUAAUGAGGAUGCUUCAUGUAGUAAAAAGAAGAAAAGGAAUAAGCAUAAAAGGAAAACUGAGGAUUCAUCUUUAACCUUGUUACCUCAGAAGGAAUCAGAAAAGAGGCGGGGGCUGAUGGAGGCUCUUAAAAUUGAAAUUGAUGACACUUUUCCAACAAUCCCCAUGCAACUGGAUGACUCCCCACAGAAUGAAUCUAGCAAAUUAAAAUUUAAGAAACCAGACACUAUUGUGUCUCCUGUUAUACCUCAGAUUUCUCCACGCAAUCGCCGUUUCCGUAGAAGGACUUUAAGUAUGAGUGAUGUAAGACCAGACUAUCAACCUUCACAGAAUGUUUCAAGAUCGAUUCUCCGGACUUCCCUCAGUCCACCCAGGCAAGCGGCAUUAGAAAUUGAGGACUUCACAACAGUACGAAAGUUCCGAAGACAGAUUAGCCAGAAAUUGGACAAACCUCAAAAGAAAAAUCGAAGAAAUACAAAAUUUAUCUAUGGAAAUUACAAUAGAUACUAUGGAUAUCGAAACCCUGAAGCUGAAGAAGACAACAGACUAGAGUGCAUGAAAAGAGAGUGGUUCGAAGGAAAGGAUGUAUUGGAUAUUGGUUGUAAUGUGGGACAUGUUACAUUGGCAAUUGGCAAAAGGUUUCAUCCUAGAAAAGUAGUAGGAAUAGACAUAGAUCACACUCUCAUUGCAGCUGCAAGGAAAAAUAUUCGUAAUUACAUAUCUAAUAAAUCAGCAGAUAUUCAGAAGUAUCCACUGUCCAACCCACUUAACUAUGGUCCCAUAGCUGCCCCGUCUCUGUCUGACAGUAUAAAGAGUCCGGCUUUUCCUACCAAUGUGGCAUUUAUGCAGGAGAAUUAUAUUUUGGAGAAUGAUGAGCUGGUUGACCUACAACACGAGGAGUACGAUGUCAUUAUGGCACUGAGUCUCACAAAAUGGAUCCAUCUUAACGGUGGUGACAGUGGCCUGAAGCGAUUCUUCAGGCGCAUUUUCAAGCACCUGCGUCCUGGUGGCAGACUCAUUCUGGAGCCACAGCCCUGGUCGUCAUAUAAGAAGAAAAAGAAAAUAUCAGAGGAAAUUUACAAGACGUUCCAGAGCAUCCAGAUGAAACCAUCCCAGUUUUCAGAUUACCUGUUGUCGAGGGAGGUUGGAUUUACAACAUGUGAAGUAAUUGAUAUCCCAUUCAACAAAUCCAAAGGUUUCCGAAGGCCUAUUCAGAUGUAUAGGAAACAGGACACUGCACACAGCAGCCCUAAACAGGAGCAACUGUCACAGACAGCCAGCGUCCCACAAGUCAGUCCCAGCCUGCAGACUGUCAGCCAGAAAUCAGAAGAUGCCCCUGAUCAGUCAGAAUACAGUCCUUGUCAGGAAGCAAACACCCAAACAGAAAGUAGACAGGAAGUUGACAACCAAUCACAAAACAGAUUUGAUCAGGAGGCAAUUAGCCAAUCAGGAAACAGCUCAGAUCUGAAUCCUAGCUCUGUGUCCAGUUCUCAGUAGUGUAUUCGCAACAAACGCAACCAAUAAAAGUGAGAGCAACAACAUUGUGAAGAUGUGAAAAUGUCUCACUAAAACAUGUACUGAAAGCAAUGAGAUUAUGAUUGAUAAGUGAAUUUCACAACAUUUUUUUGAAGAUUCAAAAAUUGAUUACAGACAAUGCCACCUACAUUUAAGUCUAGGAGGUGUAGUGAUGAACAGACAAUGCCACCUACAUUUAAGUCUAGGAGGUGUAAUGAUGAAUAGUGCAAUAUGUUGUGAUUGAUGAAGAGAACGGAGGACGCUAGUGUGGUAUGAAUUCUCGUCGCUGAUCCAAUAGGUUUUUUUAAAAUAGAAGAAAAAUAUCAAGUGGACUUCUUAAUUGGCAGCUGCAGAUCAAAUUCUGUCCGUAUGUGUUCUACAUGUGGCAUUGAGACAUGUUAAAGAACUAUAAUGUCAUUGUACAUGUUUUAUAAUUGUUCUAAAGUUUAACUACAUUUGCUAUCAAUAUGAUUUGGCAUAAAAAGUUGUCUUGUC